AUGUCCAAGGACCGCAUACCGCAGCCCCGUGGCUUUGCCAUGAAGCUGUUCAACGUCAAAGGGGAAAUGUUCGAGGAGGGCAAAGAGUACCCAACCCAAGACAUUGAGUUCAACAGCGCACCGACCAUUGAACUCGUAGACGCCAAAACAACCAAAGAUAUCUUUGAGCUGCGACUGAAGUAUAGCGACAACAAAGAAGAGCUUUACAAGCACCUUAAGGCACGUCCCGAUGCAGAGCUUCAGCUGGCCCGCGACAAGGUCCGCAACUCUCAUCUCGAGUCUACGCGUCAGUAUUCUCAAACCGCGUACAGGUUUGGGGACUACAUGAUCAAAUACUCCUUAGUACCCUCUAGUGAGACACAGAAGAAGCUGUACCAUGAGACUGUGAAGCCCGAGCAUGAUGAUGAUAUCUUGCAAACGUGGUUACAGAACUUCCACGCAAGCCAUGAUGCUGAGUAUCUCUUCCAAGUGCAGUUGUUAGAGAACAUGGAUGAACAAUCAGUCAAGUACGCAGGCGCGGAGUGGGAUGAGGAGAAGUACCCUUGGCAGACUGUUGCAAAACUCAUUGUCCCCCAACAAAACAGUUUCGACUAUGAGAGGAAGAGGUUCUGGGAGGAUUACAUGCGAGUUGACCCGUGGCAUGGAUUGAAGAGCCUACAACCUCUAGGCAGCCCAAACAGACUUCGGCGCGUUGUCUACGUCGCUAGUAGCAACUUGCGACGAAAGUUGAAUGGAGUUAAGGAAGUCCACAUUACCAGUAUCGAUGAUAUCCCAAAUUAA